AUUACACAAAAUCGAUAAGUAUCAGCUACUUUAGUAUGGCGGCCGAAGCUAUUCCAUCCCCACCGGAAUUUACUUUUUCACCAUCAGACACACGUAUAAAGAUAACGUACAAGAACGCUCCCGCCUAUGCACAUGUCUCUUCUCAAGCCAUGUCACUUGCUAGUCCGGUCUAGAAAACCUUCUUCUUCCCUCCGUGGAGCACAAAGUCCCAGUGGGAGCCAGUUGAAGAAGUCGACUUCACUGAGGACAAUGCGGAGGCUUUGCUUGUUCUACUUUGUGUGGCCCAUUUGAAGUUCGAGGACGUGCUGAAUGAUAUUCCACCACGAGAGCUAUUGAUCAACCUUGCAAUCCUCUGCGAUGAAUACCUCUGCCAGGAUUUACUAAGGCUUUGGAUUGAGAAGUGGAUGGUACGGGAAUGGAUGAAUGAUCCUUAUUCUUACGAGCCGAAUUUUGUCAAUAAAUCAGACGAGGACCAACAAGCAAUGAUUUUGCUCGCAUGGGUCUUUCGCGCAGACUCAAAGCACCAAUUUUUGGAACAUGGUAUCAAGCGGCUGUUCGACCGCAGCACUAACGAGAGCUUGCCAGCUAUCCCCGAUAACUGGCCGCUACCCGCUGAUAUGAUGGAAAAUAUCGCCAAAGCCCGUCACAAAGCAAUCAUGGAUCUCUGCUCUCUAGCAUACAAAUACGUCAACUAUCUCAAAGACGGGCAGAGCGAUAUCUGUCCUACGCAUAAUCAGAAAUGCAAAGUAAUCAUCGCUCGAUACUUUAUGCAAAUGUUAGGGGAUCUCUACCUACGAAAGACGAAAACUUUUCAGAAGUCUGUACAUGUCAUAUUCCAUCGUCCAGACUAUCUUUCGAUCACUUUUGUGAAGCUGGAGCAAAAGUUUCUAACGUGUGACGAGGCAAUGCAGCGCGUUUUCAACAAUAAGAGCAUUAAGAUAAAUAAUCAGAUUUGGAAACGCUUGUGGGAAAGUUGCCGUCCAAUCGAGCAAGCUAAUCCUCCAAUCGCAGUCGAGACGAAUCGUAUUGAAAAAGCUACAGGGGAAUGGCGCAAAUGGGUUAAGCGUGAAAGGGGAGAGGAAUGGUCGGAUUAUUAGUUCCAUAAGUUGGCGGCAAAGGGGAGUGGUUGUUGAAUGUCUUCUCGUGGUCAAUGUUCCAACCUUCGGCAAUUCAUCG